AUGCAGCAGAGGAAGAGGCCUGGAAGACCCAAACCCCAUUGGCCGAAGAGCGAUUCUGCAUUAUCACUCUUCGACGAACUGUUCCCGGAGGAGAUGCUCGCAAAGUCCUCAGAGCAAACAUUAGCAGAGCAGAGACUGGACAAGUUGCCUGCUUUCAAUUGGACUCCUGACAUCAAUGUUGGCGACUAUCCGGAGGAAAAAAUCGAUACUUAUAACCAGAUCCCUCAACCAGACCCUCUCAACCCCGCUACCCUUCCAACGGAGUACACACCAGUUACAAAUAUCUCUCAAUUACGAGAGGGGAUGCGGCAGACUAUGUUAGAGGAUGAGCAGAGCCCGAAAGGGCCCAGUGUGUUAGUGUUGAACGCCUGUAGCAAAAACCUUGAGGAAAGCGACUUCUUCAGGAUCAGUCCUAAAGGAGAGCAUAUCGAGGGUUGGAAGAGUGGCCUGCUGAAAGUUAUACCCAGUCGAGACAACAAAAGCUUCGAACCAUUGGGCAGCUAUUUCCUCCUCUUCAGCAGCGAUGCCGCAGCCAGAGCCUACCUCGACCAAACCAUGCGGCUCCACACUUUAACCAGACUCGAGCAAACCCAGAAACAAGCUCGUUUCCCAUUGCCACCAGGAUAUCUGAAAGAAGAGGAGAACGUGCAAAGUUUGCUCAAGAGCUUCUCACUCGUCCCAGGAUUUGUCAAAUUAUCCAUGAGGAUGCUGUCUCGACCGUACAGCACCCGUGUACAAACAUUGAUCAAUGAAGGAGGGCCAGUAGCUGUGGCGAGCAAGGAGGCUAAAGCACAGCACAUGGUGUUGUUCACGACUGACCGUUCACACAUUACGCAUGGAGAUGUUGCGGAUGCCUUGAGGCAGGAUGGGAAGCGUCGCAACAUGCAUUGGAACUUAGCUGGGGAUAGACGAACCUCGAUUAUUCGAAUUCAGAAUAAGGCUCGGGAGGAAGGCGACAAUUCAGUUACUCAGAAAAGGGGUAAACUUGGAGGACGUCGUACCUACGACGGCCCUGGGCGGUUUAUAAUAACCUUCAAGGACUCACAUGAAGCUCGGAGAUUUGUGAGGGAAUGGCAUUGUCGUCCGUUACAUAUACAACAGGAUAUAAGAGCAGAGGACGAGCCACCACCUAUCGUUAAUGCAGAAAUAUUAUGGUAA